UUCGCGGAGAAGAAGACACGAUGAUCUGUUUUUUUUUUAUUGUUUCAAUUGUCAAUAGUGGGGUGGUAUCGAUUUAAUUGAUUCUGUAAAUAGUAUAAAAGCUAGUUUAUCCUUUGAGCGAAAAUAGUUUAGUUUUAUUGUUUAGUUCUUAUAGAUUUAGUAAAAUAAUAUGGGUAGUUUAAGGCUGUUACUGAUCGCUGUCCUGUUGGGCUACAGCACGGCAGCAAGACUGGACAGCAGCUAUCUGCCGCCUGGAGGAGCUAACGGAGCUGGAGGUGGGCCUGGCAUUUCGCCCCCGUUUGGGGGUGGCGGCAAACCUGUGGCUGGGGGGCGGCCCGGAGGUGGAGGUGGAGGUGCUCGCCCGGGUGGUAAUGGAGGCUAUGGCGGAGGCGGCGGCGGCGGUGGUGCAGGAGGUGGCGCCGGAGGAGGAUCAAGCGCAGACGCACAAGCGACAAUUAUUUCUUCUGAGAAUGAAAAUGAUGGAAGCGGAAAUUAUAAGUGGAGCUACGAAACCAGCAAUGGCAUUAAAGCUGAAGAAACUGGGGAAUUGAAAAACGCAGGCAGUGAUGACGAAGCGCAAUCAGCAGUAGGGUCGUUUUCCUAUACUGCACCAGAUGGUACUGAAAUCAAACUUGAAUAUACUGCUGAUGAAAAUGGAUUUGUACCUAAAGGUGACCAUUUACCAACGCCACCACCAAUCCCACCAGAGAUUCUGAAAUCUUUGGAAGAAAAUGCAGCAGCUGAAGCUAAUGGCAAUGGUAACGGAGGAGGUAACGGUGGAGGUAACGGUAACGGAUAUCCAUCUGGAAAUGGUGGUAAUGGUAAUGCUGGAUACAGAUAUUAGGAAUUUAGGAAUUCAAUGCUUUAAGCCAAUUUUACUUACCUAUACAUUUUAAGUGCCAGUGACCCCUUUGAUUUUAAUUAUUGUUAAGUUUAUAUUUUAAUAUUUAUUUAUUUAUUAUUUUAAUGUUUAUCCUAUAUUUUUUUGAUCUUCUACUUUUGUGUAGUAGGAAUUAUUUGAUCCGGUUUCUCCACUGUUUUUUUUUGAAAUAGUAAAGGUGUUUACUGGGAGUUAGUCAGAUGGUGGUUAUGGAAUUAUAUAAUAGCAAAAUUCAAAAACACCUACUUAUUCUGAAUAAUUUUUGCUACACCCACUGUGCAAUAGUAUAGUCAUUUUUUCAAUAUUAUUUAUUUAAGUACCUUAAAGAGGACAGUACUUGACGAUUUUAUAAACCGCAUGUACUGCCCCAAUCUUAUUUAUGACGAUAUCGCUAUGGAACAAGGCUUACGACUAAAUGUUAACAUGAAAUUAUAUUGUGAUGUCAUCUUCGUGAAUGGCUGUAAUUUUUUUUUUAAUUGAAUAAAAUGAAUCAUUUUGAGGAACUUAUUUAUUUUUGUUGGUCUCCAAACUGGCCAAAUAACUAAGGGCCCUCGCUAUUGCUGCAGGUAUAGGUGGAGGUGUUGGCAGGUGACUACCUUGAGGCUGAAACCCAUUUUCGUCAGCAAUGUAGUUCAGCUGGAAACUGUUUCCAUCUAAAUCGACGUACUGAUACUGUCCUUGGGCUACUUGGGCU